UUUAGGUGAUCGACCAAAAAUAUGUCUAGACGAUCUCUGUCUAAACGAUAUGGCAGCCUCAUCUAUUUCCUCAGUAAAAUAAUUUCAGUCAAAUUCAAAUAAACGGUAUAUGAAAUUAAAAUAAUCAGUACUACUUCAGAUUCAAAUAAAUAAUAUUACAAUCGCCAGAUAUAAACACUACUCCCCAAAGAUAAUUUGUCAGCGCUUUGUGAGACAGAAACUAUCUGUGUAAUCAACUGCCCGGCUCCCUUACAAAAGUAACCGGUUUGAACGUAAAGUUUUCAAAACUAACCAGCCUACGUUCAACUUUUCAAAACUAACCAGCCUAAAUCAAAAAAAGUCGGGCGACCCUUACCUGUUUUUUUCCCGAGCACCGGUCGCCCUCCUCAGGGGCGUCCCCCAUUGGAGUUCAUCAAGCACAGGUCGCCCUCCUCAGGGGCGUCCCCCCUUGAAGUUCUGUGACGUGGUCCGCCCAAUCACGGGCGACCACGUGUGACACUACCCCCUUAAAACCCCCUCCCAGCCACACAAACACACAAUUACACACACAUUUGCACACACUCAGUUUGAAAACAACACUGCAGCAGCCACAGCAAGGAGCCGAAAGGGGAGAUUUUGGUAAAGGAAGGAAGAAAAGUGGGAGAGGAUCGCCCGAGCUAGCAUCAAGGUCGCCCACCCUAGCAAAAAAUUUGAAGAUGGAUCCUGCAGCUUAUCUUCCCGGGCCGGUCAACGGCACUUUGUUGACAUUGCAGGACACGCAUAGGUCCACUUUUGUGUGGAACAGUAGUACGGACAUUCCUGAUCUUAGAGUUAGGACGAACUUCGGUGAGUACUGGAAUGUAGUUGACCAAACCAGGCCGCCUCAGGCGAUAAUAGAUGCUAUUAAUGAUGCGGGCUUUGAGUGGGUGUUCAGGUUGGGUCAGGUCAAGCAUGACAGGGGCUUGAUCACUGCUUUUAUCGAGAGGUGGCGUCCAGAGACGCACACUUUUCAUCUACCUUUCGGGGAGGCCACCAUUACACUGGAGGAUGUCCAUCACAUUCUCGGGUUACGAACCACUGGCCGGCCAUUUAUUCUACAUGGCUUCACCACCACAGCUCGCGAGAGAUUGGCCAUGAUACGCGAUGUUCUUGGACUGACUCCCGAGGCGGCUGAUGUGAGGAAGAACUGCUUGAGGGUCGGUUGGUUGAUUGAUAACUUUGGCGACUGUGCCCGGUUGGACGAGGCAGCGGAGGAUUUUGAUGAGCAGACUAUCUUUCACAUCAGGGCACACCUACAUAUGCAGGGGAUGACUACGAGGGUGGUCCACGUGGCUUUACGGUCAGAUUAGAGGAUGACCAGGACAUGUCUGCUGAGGGUCAGUCGCAGGAGUCAUACCAGUUCCAGGAUGCAGAUGCUUAUCGUCCUGACAUGUCUUUCCUGAGGGAUCAGUACACCACACCUCCGCCACAGGUCCCGGUGCCGUCAUUUGCUAGCCAGUCCUACAUCUUCGGGGCACCCGCGUUUCCAUUCGCACCGCCACCAGAGAGGUCCACUCCCACUCCUAUACAGAUGUCCACUUUUGCUUCGUACACUGGUCAGAGUAGUCCAUGGGCGCCCCCCAGCACAGCAGUAGCAGGGCACUCCGAGGCCGAGGAGCAACCUGAGGAUGAGCAUCGACAGCAGCCACCUAGAGCUGCGAAGGGAAAGGGUCGAAGAUGUCACACUGGAAGCCACAUCUUCGGCCAUAAGAAGAAGUAGGAUUUCCCUCGUAUGUAGUUUGUUUAUGGUUAUGUACCUGACCAUGUACUCGUACGUUUUUAUUUCUUGAUCUGAUUAUGUACUCUUAGUCUAGUAGAUUCGUUGUUACGUUAUUAUGCAGUU